AGUUACAAGUGUGUUUUGCAGAAAUAGCUGGAGAUAUUAAUGUCUGUAUCGUCUGCCACGUCGUUUAGAUUGUCUAUUGUCUUGUUGUUUGUUAUGUAGGUCUCUGCUUGGACUCUUAGUGGCUGUUAUUAGCUGUUGCUCAGACCAGGCGACGGAAUUCACACAGAAAAAGCUGAAGUUUAAAGAAAGCUAUUAGCUGGCUAGCUUAGCUCUCUGUAGGUGCAAGUGGCAGCAUGGCAGCUGUACUGGAGCUGAUUGCUGGGAGCUACGAGCAAAUUGCCUUUGGUUACCGAGUGGAGACUGAUGAGAAAGAGUGGACAGCCAAGGCACACUUCACACAUCACGCCCACACAGCAUCCAUAUCAGCCGUGGCAGCCAGCGAGAGGUUUGUUGUCACAGGAAGCAAAGAUGAGACCAUACAGCUGUAUGACAUGAAGAAGAAAACUGAACAUGGAGCUUUGCUGCACCAUGACGGAACAAUCACCUGCCUGGAGUUUUACGGGUCGUCUCACUUACUGAGCGCAGGAGAGGAUGGACUCUUAUGCGUGUGGAGCACGAAGAAGUGGGAGUGCCUGAAGUCCAUCAAAGCUCACAAAGGUCUUGUCACAUCGCUGUCCGUCCAUCCAUCUGGGAAACUUGCACUUACAGUUGGGGCAGAUAAGACUCUGAGAACAUGGAAUCUAAUUAACGGAAGAUCAGCCUUCAUCAAAAACAUCAAACAAAUUGCACACAUUGUCAGAUGGUCUCCGGAUGGGGAUAAAUACGUGGUUGUGGUGAAUGACAAAGUGGACAUCUACAACCUGGAGACAGCAUCCGUGACAGGAACGAUCACAAACCCCAAGAGGAUCUCAUCUAUUAAGUUCUUAAAUAACUCCAUCCUGGCUGUCGGAGGAGACGAUGAAAUAGUGAGGUUGUGUGACCUGGGAAAAAAGAAAUUGGUGUGUGAGUUUAAGGCUCAUGAAACCAGAGUGAAAGCGGUUGACAGUUUCAUUAUGGAGGACUACUGCGUGUUGGUGACGGCUUCAAAUGACGGUUUCAUCAAGAUGUGGAAGCUCCAUCUAAAAGAGGAGCUGGAGUCUCCCACUCUCCUUGGGGAAGUGAACACAUCGGCCAGACUGACUUGCCUCACUGUGUGGAAACCUUCAUCAGUGACUUCGCCAUCCUUCACUGAGGAACCAGCAGCUAAAGCAACAACAUCUGCAGAACUCGCUCAGGAGCUUUCAAAGACCAAGAGAGUCCGAAUUGCAACAGAAGAAGUUAUUCUAGAAGAUGAGAGCAAACCCAAAAAGAAGAAAAAGGAUGGUGGAAAAUAAACAAGAAAAAAUAAGGAUGUUUUAUUAUUCAUGGACUGUUUCAUAUCUGGACUUCUGAGGUCAUUUGCUUUUGUGGUUGCCACAGAGAGGUAAUAAAAUACAACUUUGAAGUAGAGAUUUUAUGAAUAUAUUUACUGUCAACACAGAAAAGAAGAAAAACAACAAUGGAAAAAUGAGAUGGCCGACAAUAAAAAUCUUUUAUAAUCCAUUAGGCUGCUUUUUUCUGGAGUUGUAUUGUCAAACAUUUAUUUAUGCAUGGUUACCACAAGGAGGUG